AUGGCAGUGCCAAAGGCGCAAGGAAGCCUCGCGUCGCCCUCCCGCGCCGUCUCCCACGGGCAUUUCCCGGCCGCCUUCCCUCGCCUCCGAGAUAGGAUUGGACGUCCUUUCCCGUCGGCCGCGUCCCUGAGGCCCCCGGUCGCGGCAGCCAGGCCCUCCCCCGACGCGUCUCCUCCCGCGCUUAAAGACCAGAGAUUACUCGCUUGCUUAACCUCUCAAGCCUGCCGCACGGCCGACGCAGAGGACGCAGCAACGGCAGCCAGCAGCGAAGAGGCAGCCACGAGAGCCAGAGAGGCAGCCAGAGGCGAGCAGAGGCCCAGCCACCAGCCACGGAGACGACGAGGCCAGAGCCAGAGCACGCACGAGGACGCCGAGACGAGAGAGGCACGCAGCAGAGCAGACCGCACCGCGCCAGAGCCCCAAGCAGCAGAGACGCCGACCGCAGAGCCCAGAGACCGACGGCCAGACAGAGCAGAGCAGCCACAGGCCGACGAGCCAGAGACCCCGGCCCACAGCAGCCAGCAGAGCCACGAGGCCCAGCCAGCCGAGACGCCAGCACGCAGGCCCCCAGAGCACCACGACGACCCCCCGAGCACCCCCGCGCCCCCCCCCCCCCCCCCAGAAGCGACCGCCCCAGGACCGGCAGCCCCAAGCAGACCCCCCGGAAGAGACGGCAGCACGAACGAGACGAGCAGACCGCUGCGCCCCUUACAGGCUUGGCAGGACGGCUCCUCUCUUGGGCGUCCCUGCCUUGUCCCUCUGUACCAGUUAUCAAGUAAUAAGUCAAAAUCUGCAAACAAUAGCUCUACCACCAACUUUCAAGCGAACCAUGUAGUGCCUUACCGGCUCAGCCACCUACCAAGAAUGGAGUAG